AUGCCCAAGAAUUGGACAGGUAUUUACGUGGUGAUUGAUGUGUUUCUAAUCGCAAUUUGUUGUGUCAUCGUUGUCGCUUUUCCGUUAAAACACUCAAAGAAAGCGUUGAAUAAAGCAAAGAAAAUGGAGAAAGAAGAAAAUGAGAAUAAAGCUGAUGGA